GAAGAAAUGUGCCUCCCUGAUUUGUUGUCAGACUCUCACCGACUGGUCUUCACUUUUGGACCUUUUUAUGUCUCACACCGAAACCAAAGUUUGUCCCCUCCAUCCUGUCACAUCUUCCAUCCGUUACUGUAACGCAGAAGUAACGCAGGAGUAACGUGUGUAACGUGGGAAUGGAUGCAGACAGGAACAGUUAGCUGAGGAAGGGUGUCGACAGGUGACCAGCUGAAGAACAACAGGACUACACCUUUACCUUUUCUCCUCGGUGUUUACCUCGGCUGAGGAAAUGGAGGAAAAAACGGAUAUCCCCAACGAACUGUCCGAGAGCGUGCGGGAGGCGGUGGGCCGGAGGGUGAAGCUGACCCUGAGGCGCAAAGUCCAGCUGGAGGUCAAAGGUGACAAGGUGGAGAACAGAGUGCUGGCGCUGGCAUCACAUCGAGCCUAUCUGCUGACGGCACGGGUCCCUUCCAAGGUUGAGCACUCCUUCAGCUACCUGGAUAUCCAGGGAAUCACCAGCAACAAGCCCACUCAGCUGGUGUUGGAGUAUGAGCGCGGCCCGUUGAGCCUCCGGCUGGGCUCGGUGGAAGAAGUGGACGAGGUGAUCACUCACAUCGGCAGCUGUCUGCACCGGAUCUGCCCCGCCGGAUCCUCACCUGUAAAGGUGAUGAAGAAGUUGAGUCUGAAGCCUGCAGAGAGGACGGCGUCCCUCCAGGCCAUCUGGGGCGAACAGGGCUCAGCAGAUCUGGGACCCUGCGGCGGGUUUUCUCAUCAGUACUGGUGUGUGUGUGAUUACCUGGGUCUGCCGUACAGAGAGGAGGUCCAAUGGGAUGUGGACACCAUCUAUCUCACUCAGGACACCAGAGAGCUCAACCUGCAGGACUUCAUUCACCUGGAGAACAGGGAUCUGGUGGCAAUAAUCGCAGCUCUGGAGUACAACCAGUGGUUCACUAAACUCUCCGCCAAAGACUAUAAACUGCCGACAGAUGUGUGUGACCAGAUCUUCAGAGUGGUGUCUCGGUCCAGCCGGCUGGAAGAGCUGGUGCUGGACAACGCUGGACUUAGAAGUGAUUUUGCUCAGAAACUGGCGAGCGCUCUGUCACACAACCCCGCCUCCACGCUGCACACACUCAACCUGAGCAACAACUCGCUGGAGGACAAAGGUGUUUCUGCUCUGAGUGCUCAACUUGCCAAACUUCCCAUGGGCCUAAAGCACCUGAACCUCUCCAAGACCUCCAUGUCUCCUAAAGGUGUGAACAGCCUCUGUCAGGCUCUCUGUGCCAACCCGGCAGUCGCCGUUGCCCUCACACACCUCGAUCUGUCGGGGAACUCGCUCAGAGGCGACGACCUGCCGAACCUGCACAGCUUCCUGAGUCACCCAAACUGCCUGGAGACUCUGGAUCUGUCCAACAGUGACUGCUCUCUGGAGCAGGUGUGUGCGUCUCUGCUCAGAGGAUCUUUGAAGCACCUCUCCGUCCUCAACAUGCCAAAGUCAGUCUUCUCUCACAGGAAGAUUAAAGAGAUCCCUUCGUCCUUUAAGCAGUUCUUCAGCAGCGCUCAGGCUCUGAGCUCGGUCAGUCUGUCGGGGACCCGGCUGCCUCUGGAGGCUCUCAAAGCGUUGUUGUUGGGGCUCGGCUGCAACCCAAACCUCAGUGACGUGUCUCUGGAUCUCAGCUGCUGUGAGCUGCGUUCAGGAGGCUCCCAGAUCCUGGAGGGUUGUGUGGCUGAGAUUCCCAACAUCACCAGUCUGGACAUUUCUGACAACGGUCUGGACAUGGAUCUGACCACCCUGCUGGUCUGGCUGGCCAAGAACCGCUCCAUCAGACACCUCUCACUGGGAAAAAACUUCAACAACAUCAAGUCCAAAAAUGUGUCUCAGGUCCUGGACAACCUGGUUCACAUGAUUCAAGAGGAGGAAUCACCGCUGAUCUCGCUGUCCCUGGCUGACUCCAAGCUGAAGACCGACCUCUCCAUCGUCCUCAACGCUCUUGGCAGCAACACCUCUCUGACCAAGCUGGACAUCAGUGGGAACGCCAUGGGAGACAUGGGGGCCAAGAUGCUGGCCAAAGCCCUGCAGAUCAACACCAAACUCAGGACGAUAGUGUGGGACAGGAACAACGUCAGCCCUCAGGGUCUACAGGACCUCGCUGCUGCUUUGGAGAAGAACUACACCAUUCGUUUCAUGCCCAUUCCCAUCGUGGAUGCUGCUCAGGCACUGAAGGCGAGCCCAGAGAAGACGGAGGAUGCCUUACUAAAGAUGGAGCAGUACCUGCUGAGGAACCACGAGACGCGUAAAUACCUGCAGGAGCAGGCGUACAGGCUGCAGCAGGGAAUAGUCACCACCACCACGCAACAGAUGAUGGACACGAUGUGUGUGAGGGUACAGGACCACCUGAACUCUCUGAGGUUCACAGAGACCAACUCGGUCCAGGACGACAUGAAGGUGGCAGAGAACUUCAUCAGAGACGCCAGGAACUCCAAGACACUGCUCCCCAACCUGUACCACCUGAAGAGUGUGGGGUCCAGCGGAGCGUGUGUUGGAGCCAUUCAGGACAAACUGGAGUCAAUGGCUGGAGAGGUGGCCCGGGUGAUGGACGAACAGCUGCAGACGAUGCUGGUGUCCAUGGUGGACACUGCUGAGGGUCUGUGUCCUCAUGUGAUGAAGAGGAGCAGCCUUCGCCAGGAGCUGCUGAAGGCCGAAGCAGGGAGGAUGACCGUUCCCCGCAGCUUCAUCACCACCACGCUGCUGGAGCAGUCCGGGGUCGACAUCAUCAACAAGAUCAGUGAGGUGAAGCUGAGCAUGGCGUCGUUUCUCUCUGAUCGUAUCGUGGAUGAGAUCCUGGACUCUCUGUCCAGAUCACAGCACACUCUGGGCGACCAUGUGAUCAGGAAGAGUCAUCCUCUGCUGCAUCCCGAGCCCCCGUUGGAGACGGAGGUUCUGGAUGAGAUGGUUCUGCAGCCUGAGAAACACAACCAGGGACAGAAACCAGACCAUGGGCUGGACCAGAAACAUAAGCUGGAGGACAUGGACACUUGCUUUAUGACUCCUAAAUCCAAGAGGAAGAGUAUUCUGGUCCGGAUGCUGCGCCCCGUCUCUGUGGCGUUUGAGAUGGAGUUUGACCUGGACAAGGCUCUGGAGGAGGUUCCCAUCCAUGUUGUGGACCCCCCUCUUCCUCCUCCUCCUCCUCCUCAGCCGUUGGACAGAAUGUCAGCCUACUACGGAGACCUUCCUCCUCCCCCGACUCCACUGGACACAAAGCUUGUCUGCCUGCCUGAGCUGCCACCCAUGGAGCACAAGUUGCUGGAGCAUCACACCAAACUCAGGCCAAAACCCAAGAAGAGGACGAAACCCAGCCGACCACCUCGGAGGGCCAACGGCAGCUCGGCGCCACAAGAGGGAGAGCAGAACAGCAUCAUGGGAAAGCUGGACGAGGGCCUGGAUGACUUCUUCUACAAGAAAGUCAUUAAACUCAGCUUCAAACUUCCCUCUGUGAGAGGUCCGUCCCCCAGCACGCCGGACGCAGCAGAUAAGAAACGCGACUCCAGGAAGAGCGGUUUCUUUAACCUCAUCAAAUCCCGGACGUCCCGCUCAGAGAAGAGCCACGGAGCCGCCUCCAUCACCCCACCCCACCCUGCCUCCUCCACCCCUGCUUCCCCGCCUCCCACUAUUAGCCCAGUGGCUGAGGAACCGACGCCGACGUUCCCAACCCCGCCCGCGAGAAACCCUGGCGCUGUGGUGGAGCCCCAUCAGGAGCUCCACAGGGCUCAAUCCUCGGACCACACGGAUUCUGAGAUGGAGGCCUCUCCGACCGCCGCUGAACCUGCUGAGGAGGAGAAGGAUGAGGAGAAGGAGAAUGUGGAGAAUAAGGAGAACGUGGAGAAGAAGGAGAACCCCCACAUUCCCCGCCAUAUUGGGGUCCCUGUGAUGGGCAUGGACCUGCUGGCUGAGAUGAAGGCCAGACAGGAGAGAAUGGCUGUAAAGAAGUCGGAGUCCUUGCUGGACAAGGUGGAGGAUGAUAAAGCCAAGUCAGACAUCCAUCCCGUUGUCCCAGCAGACGCUGAUGAGUCCAGACCAGAGCCGACUCCCAGGUCAAAACCACCCAGCGUCACCCCCAAACCGCCCCCACCCCAGGCCUUAAAACCCCCGCUGGGGCCCCGCACCUCCGGACCCCUCAGUCCUGCAAGUCCUGCCAGUCCGACCAAUCCGACCAGUCCGACCAGUCCCAGGCCGAGCAGCACCUCCAUCUUCGAUGACUCUGCUGAGGCUCCAGCAGGCAGCUCGUCUGCUAAAGGACCACUUCCUGCUCCUCGCCUGAAGAGGGCGCCGUCAGAGCAGGAGAGGGAGAGCACCAGCAGCAACCCUGCAGGACCCCUCUCCCCACUGGACGGUGAGUUUCCCGUGGUCGGGGAUCCGUUCGAGCCGGCCAGUCCAGAGGUUGAACCCGGCCUCGGUGGCAGACAGUGGUCGUCUCUGAAGAGUUCAGCCAGUCCUCCUGCUGCGAGCGAGGACGACCGAGAGCGAACCAAGUCCCUCCCCGCCUACGUGAGGCCUCCAUCUCCGGCAGACACAGAUCUCAGUCCAGCUGAGGAGGAGGUUCCCUCUCCGGCCGCUGACCACAAGUCUGACAGCAAAUCAGAGGACGAGUCAGACGACGCCCCUCCAGUCUGACACCAACAAGACGUCUCUACAUCCAGCUCGGCUGUCCUCGCUACACCAGAGAGAAACUUUAAGGAGGUCAAUCACAUACAUACACUCAGAAGCAGAGACGGUGGACAAUGAUUUAUUUUUUACAAUUCCUGGUGAGGCACAUGUAAACGGAGGGGACGUUGUAAAGAGUUGAUUUAGCUCGUGUCAUGCUGUUAUCAGUGGAGUUUCCUGACCUCGGAUCAGUCCCAGCUGUUCGUCCAAAUGGGACACCAAAACAGCUCCAUUACCGUCUCUAAUAGGACCAUAAAGGGCAGACCAGAUGGGAUUUAUCUGGUGCAGAGACGAUCUGUAGUUGCUUAGAUAACCAGGUCCAGCUAUCCAAAGGUCAUAAGUCCGAAGCACUGAGGGGAACGAGUCUAAGUAGGUUCAGACUGAAGCAGUUUGGUUUUACUGUAUUUCUGUUCUGCAGGUGAACUAGUGCUGGUAAGUCAGUGACUUUUACCUGCAAACAUUCACUAUUUGUCUUGAAACAAAAACAAAAAUGUCCACAAAUUAGAAAAUGGCAAAAUUAGAAGCAGCUGAAGCAACAAGAAAAAACAAAGAUAACUCUGCUGCUACAACCAAAGUUAAAAUAUAUAUAUAUAUUGAUAUUUAAAAAGCUCAAACUAAUGUUGAGACGAAUUGAAAAUGAAACAAAUUAGUCUUUUUUUUUUUUUUUUUUUUUUUUUUAUAAAACUGUAUUUUAAUUUCUAUAGAACAUCCGCCUGACUGCUAAUAAUGAUGCUAACCUGACUGCUCAAGGUUUUAUUUAAUUUUAAUGAAACACAGAUAAUGGGAAAUGUUACGUUGAGUAUGCAUUGGAAUUGGCUGUAUAUAUAUAGAUAUUAAAAAACAUAUAUUGUAUUAAGCCAUAAGUUUAAUGGUAUUAUAUAAUAAUGCAAAUAUGUUGUUGUUAUGGCUAGUCAGGGUUUUGCUGGGUUUAUUUAACAGUCUUCUCCGUCUAGUUGCGUCUGAGCUUUUUUCUGUAGAUUUCAACUCCAUCUCAAGGUCUUUGCUCAGUUGUCCUAAUAUUAACUAAUAUACAGUAUAUUUACACCCCCACCUGUUACUUCACCCGAUUCAACUGUUAUCAGGCCAUUAAAUAUUAAAAUUAUCGGACGCUAUGAGCACCAUGUAUGUGGGUCAUUAGGGGCUUACUAAACCUACUAUGUUGUAAAGGUGAAAGUGAAACUUAAAAGCAACACGUUCUGACACGUAAAACUGAAUGAAACGUCACGUUUUGAACACAAACAAAACGGCU